ACGUGGUCAACUCGCUAUCAGCCUUCCCACAACUGCGCCACUUGGAGAUCACCUCAUGUUACAUGGUACAAGGAGCCGACAUCACACCGCUUCGUUUUUCUAGUGCACUCCAAACACUCGAUAUUCGCUUUACAGUUUCAUCCCCCGACAUCACGAAUCUUUCUCCGCUCACACAUUGCCUCGCCUUGACCGAGCUUGAUAUAUCCAGGACGCAAAUUACUGACUUGCGACUUUUGCCUGUUUGUAUGAGACUGCGCAAACUAAGGGUGACGGGCUGUCGGUUCGACACCAAUCUAGAGCCACUGACAGCAUGUUCGAAACUACAAACAAUACGCAUAGGCGGUAUUGGCAUUACCGACAUAGAGCCACUACGAG